UUUAAAGACAACCUCCUCCUUACUUCAGAUCUUACUUAGUGAUGUCGCCUGUUUGUACUGUGAACCUGUAGAGAGAGAGAGAGAGGCAGAAGCCGGCUCUUUUUUUUACCUUCUUUGAUUCUUCUUUUGUUUCUUCAGUUGUUACCUUUCCCUUUUAUGUUAGUAUUGUUGUUAUUAAGAAACACUAGUGUUUUAUUUUUAGUGAAUGUUUUUUUUUUCUUAUACUUUCUAAUUUUUUUGUUUGCGACAAUAUCAAGUUUACGGAGUCGAUCUUGCAAAGGCUUGAUGCAAAUAGCAUUUUUCAGUUGUGUAUGAGAUUAAGUGGCAUUUGUGACUUUAGCUCUCCUAGUAAGGACGUCUUUAACUUUCUAUAUAAACGCAUUGUGACUGGCUAUUGUACAACAUUAACACAAUAUCACGUUGACAAACAAAAGUAGUGGUAGACGGCUGCUUCUGCUGUGAAAUCCAUUUGAUAGAUGCAGACAAUUGGUGGACUGUCAACCAGCGUGAAUCUUUGAUAAAUCUGCUGGUGACUUCUUUAGCCAGACGGUACCAGAUUUAUUUUAUAGGACGGCAACUCCAAACUAACAUGGCAGUCAGACUGUGUGAUGUGGCUUCUCUACUUAGAAGUGGUUCGUGGGCAGCAGAGCCUUGGACUGGGCAGGUGAUUGCUGCCAUGGAAACACAGCUGUCCAAUGGACCCAGCUGCAACACGACUAAUGGUCCCACUAUUGCAAACAACUGUUCAUCACCAGUGGAAUCGGGAAGCAUAGAGGACAGUAAAACUAACUUGAUAGUCAACUACCUGCCUCAAAACAUGACACAAGAGGAACUGAAGAGUUUGUUUGGGAGCAUUGGUGAAAUCGAGUCGUGUAAACUAGUACGAGACAAAAUAACAGGGCAGAGCCUAGGGUAUGGAUUUGUGAACUAUGUGGACCCAAAAGAUGCUGAAAAAGCCAUCAAUACAUUAAAUGGCCUGAGACUUCAGACCAAAACAAUAAAGGUUUCAUUUGCCCGCCCAAGCUCAGCUUCCAUUAGAGAUGCAAAUCUGUAUGUGAGUGGACUUCCAAAAACCAUGACCCAGAAAGAACUGGAGCAGCUCUUUUCUCAGCAUGGACGUAUCAUUACCUCUCGUAUUCUGGUGGACCAAGUUACUGGGGUGUCCAGGGGUGUUGGUUUCAUCCGGUUUGAUCGAAGAAUUGAAGCAGAAGAAGCCAUUAAAGGCCUUAAUGGUCAGAAGCCUCCAGGUGCCACAGAACCAAUCACUGUGAAGUUUGCAAAUAACCCAAGCCAGAAAACCAGCCAGGCUCUGCUGUCACAAUUGUACCAGUCUCCAAACAGAAGGUACCCAGGACCCCUUGCUCAACAAGCUCAGAGGUUCAGGUUGGACAAUCUUCUUAACAUGGCCUAUGGAGUAAAGAGCAGGUUUUCCCCUAUGACCAUUGAUGGAGUAACAAGUUUGGCUGGAAUCAAUAUCCCGGGGCAUGCUGGAACUGGAUGGUGCAUCUUUGUGUACAACCUGGCCCCUGACGCGGAUGAGAGCAUCUUAUGGCAAAUGUUUGGACCAUUUGGUGCUGUGACCAACGUCAAAGUCAUCCGUGACUUCAACACAAAUAAGUGCAAAGGUUUUGGAUUCGUCACCAUGACAAACUAUGACGAGGCAGCGAUGGCAAUAGCCAGUCUAAAUGGAUAUCGUCUAGGGGACAGAGUAUUGCAAGUUUCAUUUAAAACCAACAAAACGCACAAAGCCUAAUGUCUCCUCAGUUUGUUUAUAUAAAACUAUACAAAAAUGGCAAGUUAAUGUAAACUUUAUACAUAGGCAAAAGUCUUUGUAAGUCAGUGUUAUGAAGGGAAACCAACAUGAAUAUUUAUUUAGCGUCCUACAAAUCUGUGAUUUUUUUUUAUUGCUAGUCUUUGACUUGAAAAUUCUUAAAUCUUAUGUUUAAAUAUAGGAAAGCAGGUGUUUUUUUUUUUUUUUGUUUUUUGUUUUACCGGUCAUGUUGCAUUCUAUUGCCACCUUUGAAGAAGGUGGGCCUUUUUAAUGUUUCAGCUAAGGUAAACUUUUUUUCUGUUACAUAACUGCUUUGAAAAAGUAAGGCUUUAUGUUGUGACUUAUUUGUGUUUUCUCAGUAAGUGUCUUUGAUUUGCCUUUUGGUACAUCUGCCUUUUCAGUGAUUUUAUUGAAAGAUUUGCGUUUGAGCUAAUUUUUGUUUACAUUUAUUUUAUUUAGUGAAAUUGUAUUUUGGGUUGGGUCAUGGGUGGGCUAUUAUUGCUUAUAAGAUUACUGGAAAACAUUUUUCGUAAAGCAGUACCUUGCCAAAGAGCUAAGAACCUCUUUGAUGUGGGUUUAAAAAAAAAAAAAGCAUCUAUUUUUAUAUAUAAAAAAAAAAGAAACAUUUGGAGAAACUUUUUACUGGACCUGGAACAAAUAUUUUGACUUGGAUACUUUGAGAAAUAUCUUCAUACGACACCUAGUGAGCUUUUGAACCUUACCAGGAAAUUUACAGUGAUUGGAAUUUCUGGAAAGAUUUAUGAUGUAAAAGAAACCUUUAAGAUCUUUGUAGAAUAAAUGACAGUGUUGGUUUCAUUUGUAUAAUCGUCAAUGGAGUGUCUAAUCAUCCUGGUUAUUAUAUAUGACGAGCAGCUCACAUUUACUUAUGAUUUUUGAAAAUAUAAAUAAGAUACCAAGGCUAAUACAGCAAAUGAGCAUGCAGAUUAUAAUGUAUUUAAAAAAUAAAAAAAAAGUUAACAUGGG